GAAGUGAUUGGACAAUAUUCUUGGGUACAUGGUUUGGUCUUAGGGCUGUCCUGUGCAGGCCCAGGAGUUGGAAUUCAGUGAUCCUUGUGGGUCCAUUCCAACUCUGAGUAUUCAAUGAUUCUAUGAUCUUUUGCAUGUAGAAACUUACAGCCUUUCAGAUUACUUCCCUCUCUCAAAUAUGGCUGAAGGGAAGCUAAAACAGCUUAAUGGCCUGACAUCACAAAGAACUUGCUUCCUUAGAAAAGCCUCCUUGGAAAAAAUCCAGUUUCAUCUUCCCUUCAGAAAAUGUAGGCAGGAUUCAGGAGAGAUUAAAAUAUAUAUAUAUAGCAGCAGAAAGCUGAAAGUGGCAGCAGGUGGCUGGAAAGCUGCAGGGAGGAGGGGAAAGCAGGAAUGUCUGGUCAGAAGCCAAGGCAGGGACAAGUCUGCACAAAUCCUGUGUCACUGGGUGGUUUGGCUGCAGCUGCUUUGGUCUUCAAAGAGCUGCUGCCAACUGAAAGGGAUAAUGCUUGACCACUUCAGACUCUGUUUCCUGUUGCAAAUCCGGAGGACAAGAGAAAUCCAUGCAUCUUUUGCUGCUUUCUUUCUGUGUUUCCAGUGUUAACACAUCUCCAUGCCCUGUCCACUUCCUGUUUGCUGUUUCAGAGUUAAGCCGAGUCCAUGUGUGAUGAUGGUGAGCCUUACAUCAGUCAGUGAGUGGCAGAGGUUUAGGCUGCCAGGUGUGCUGUGUGACUGCCUUCCUCCUUCACCUCUCCCAGGUCACAUUGCAGUGGCUGAAGUCCUGCUGGAGCACAGGUUUGAUGUGUGACAGCAGCAGCUCACAGAAAUGUACUUUGGAGUCCUGCAUGAGAAUGAAGAUGCACGGGCUUAUAUUAAAUGAAGUAACUUGAGAUUCAGUUUAGUUUUGUCUCCAAAGCCCAACACAAGCCUGAAGACUAAAAGCUGCUGGCAAAUUUAAAAGUGUGAAGGGAGACGUUUGGUAGUGAAGAUGUUUCUCUGAAGAGUGAGUUCCCCUAGGACUGCUUUGUAGAAAAUCUGUGAGACAUCCCAGGACAGAAGUCCUCUCUCUCUGUCCCAGGUGGUGUUCCCAAGCAGGAGAUCAGUGUUGUCCUUCAGCUGUCACAUUCCCCCAUGUGCCAUCAGUUUGCAGAAAUUUUGUCGUGUGAGGCUUGGGGCAAUUUACUUGUGUGUCUUUGCACAAGUAAAGGUCAAAUGCCACCCUCCUUUUAAAACAUCCAUGGUUUUAAACUGAAAAGGGAGAGAUUUAGGUUAGAUGUUAGGAAGAAAUUCUUUACCCAGUGUGGUGAGUCCAUGGGCAUGAGGCUGGAUGCAGAAGGUGAGGGCUGGGGAUGACACCAGCAUCUGUGCCUCACAGAAAUGCUCCUCUCACCAUUCAAUUGCCACAUAAUUUCAAAUGCAUCUUUAGCUCACUGGGAGAUGUUUGUAAAUCCUUUGUUGGAUUUUCUGGAUGAGGUUGAUAUAUAGGGGAAGAGCUGUCAGCUGGGUAAUGAUGCAUCAAGUAGUCCCAGACCAAGCCUGGCAACUCUGCCACAGUCAGAGAAGUCUCUGAAACACAGUCUCUGAAAAAUUCACAGCAAAACUGGACUUGUUGGUCAAGAGGAAAGAAGCCAACAGUAUGUUCUACGUGUUUUUUCUUUGUAAAUUCCCCAAAUAGGUAAUUUUCCACACUCCUCUGGGCUGCCAUUAAGAUAAGCUCAGCCACUUUGACAAGUUCUUGGGUUUCUGUCAACAAGUCGUCUUGGACUUUUUUUCAGUCCUGUUCACUAAUGACUUCUGUUUCGCCACUUUUUCAGUUUGUUUCUUAUGGCAGGAUACCCAGAAACAACUCCCUAAAAUUAUCAGAGUAAAUAGGUUCAGGAAAGCAUGAGGCAUCCCAUUCAAAAUUUGAUAAAUGGACUAUACCCACACCUCUCACAGAGUCUAGGAUGGAAAUUACACUUUAGACAUUUCUUUGAACAUGCUAUAAAAAGUUUUACCAAUAUUCCUUCAGAAAAAUAUAAAUAGGAAAGCAGCAUAAAGCUUUCCCCAGAAGAGGCUAAUUAGGAGAUACAAUGGAAAUAUUAGGCAGAAGUCCUUGAUUAGAAGGGAGAAGGAAACAAAUAUUCCAUAUCUCAGUGUAAUGAUCUAGUGCUUAAUCAUAGGAAAUGAGAAUCAGAUAAACAGGAAAAAGAGGAAGGAGCUGGCAGUGAAAGUAAGGUGGGGAAAGACCAGAUCACUCAGAGCAACUACUCUGGGAGGCUCUGAUUGACAUCAUUAACAAUAGGGGCAGGAAAACAAGUUUAAAGAGGACUUCAUUUCAAGUAAAUCUUGGGUCAAAUGAGAAUAAUUAGCUAUCCAUCAACUCUUGUGGAAAAAAGAAAAUGUUGGCUUAAUUUUAAUGACAUUUUCAUUGCUUCAUUUAUGUAACUAUGCUCCUUUAUUGCCCUCCAGUGUAUAUAAAUUAACACAUUGGAUUUUUCAUGCGCAAAUUUUGAUCAGUUACAAAGCAAACUCUGAAUAAUCCAAGAUGUGACAUGCUCUGUCAAUCAAGUUCUUUGCAGUCCUUUGCAGACCAAUGUGCUUAAUUGGAGAUAUUAACAGAACUCCAGUUUACAAGUCCAUUGAGUUGCCUGCCACAGUUUAAGAUGUAGUGGCAUGUAGGAUGUAGGGACUUCCUCCCCUGGCUGACAGUACCCAAGAAAGCAAUAUUAUGGGGAAAGUAACCAAAGUGAAUCAUGAGUUUGUACUAAUGCAGCUCCUGUUUUGUGGGUCACCGGGUUAGUUUUUUGAGGUUUUUUAAUACAUUUCCUUUCUUUCCCCAAGUCUCACAGGACUCUCUUGAUGAUUCUCUCCAGCCCAUUUCACUACAACUUCCUCUAACCAUCCCGAGAGUGCUCCUGCUUUGUACUGGUAACUCAUAAGUGCAUUACUCAGCAGCAAUCUGUGCUCCAACCUGAUCAGUGGCAGGGCAGGUGAUCAGAUGAGCUGGGCUGGAUCCUCAGAUUUCCUCUGCCACUGCCAGACAUGGCUUAUUCCACCAUCUCUCUGCAGUGAAGGAAGAUGCUGUUCUCUAGGUAGCUGACCUUUUCUGCACAAAGGUGACAUUAUGACUCUUCCCCUGCUUUCUUCCCACACCCACGUUUAUAGGGCCAUUUACUAUUCUUUCCUCCAGCCUGGUUAAAAGAACCAGUCUUUCUUUGUGACAAUAUUGAAUAUUGUUAUCAAGUCAUCUUGUCUCACAAUUACUGCAGCUUUUAUCCUCUGUAACCUCCGCAACCACUGCACUUGCUAAUAGUUCAUCUGAAGAAGGCUGUUGGAACAUCUUUCUUCUUUUGAUUGGCUUUGAGGUUGAAAACAUUUCAUCAUGACCUAAAACUUUGAUCUUGUAUUACAACAUAAAAGAGACAAAUGUUUUGAGUGUAUCAGAAGAAGAAGAUGAUUUCUGUGUUAAGCCAUUGGGCAUCAGAGAGGCAUUAACAUUUGUUACAGAGGAAAUAUUUACUUGUGUUAUAUACAGAUAUUAAGUAUUUAUCUACUGCUCUGUAAAUGGACUCUCUGGUUCUAAAAACAAAAACCUGACUGGAGAUCUUCCUGGCUGUUGAUUUCUGACUUAGGGAACUGAAACUCCAGAAGUCUCCAAUGCUCUUCGUGUUACAUUGUAUUCAAAACUGCCAGCAGGAUGGGACAAGUAGGAUACUGAAUGUCCUAGGCACGCUAAUGGAGGCUGGUAAAAAGUUCAAUUAUUAAAGGCUGAAUGUGGUACUGUAGAAGACACUUUAUAGAAGAGAGCUUUUUCAAAACAAGGAAAGCUGGUUUCAGUCUUUGAAGAGCUUACACAUCACACUGAUAAAGACAAUCGUGUUGAUGCCAUCAAAGUCCAAGGGGCAUCAUGCAGGGCUUCGCUGACGCUGGGCUUUCCAAGGCUGCCUUUUGCAGUAUUCCUAACUCCCAGGUGCAGUGGAUGAGGACAGCCGCAGGGAAGCCCGGCCGCCUCGCACCGUCUCGGUUAAAGUUCCACCGCUCUCGCUCAGCUGCGCGGCGAGUUCUCCAGUGAUCCGAAGGAAAAACUACCAAGGCCUGAAGGCAUCCAGCUGACCGACAAAGAGGCUGCAGAGGCCAGUCAGGCGGUAAACCUGGAGGUUUGGAACUGGAAGAAGGGGAAACAUGAUCUGCCGGAGGAGACAGAAGAAAACGGCCUCCCAUGCUGUGACCGAGCUGGAGAACAGCAAGGAUUGCAGCCAGGCCGGGAAGCCUCUCCUGUGCCCCUCCCAUCCCACAGAGGAGCUGCAGCUGUUCUGCGAGCAGUGUGACCAGCCCGUGUGCCGGGACUGCCUUCUGGGCAGACACCGUCAGCACCCCUGUGACCUCACCAGCAAUGUCAUCCACAGGCACGGGGACGCCCUGCGGGAGCUGCUGAGGAGCAGCCAGCAGCACAUGGACACCCUGGAGGAUGUGCUGAGCCAGGUGGAUGAGAUGGGCAGUGCUGUCCGCAGUCGCGCAGAGGCCGUGGCCACAGAGAUCUGCCUGUUUGCCCGGGGCUACGUGAAAGCGAUUGAAGAGCACCGGGACCGGCUGCUGAAGCAGCUGGAGGACUUGAAGGUGCAGAAGGAAAACCUGCUGCACUUGCAGAAGGCCCAGCUGCAGCAGCUGCUGCUGGACAUGAGGACAGGCGUGGAGUUCACGGAGCACUUGCUGAUGAGCGGCUCAGACGUGGAGAUCCUCAUCUCCAAAGGGGUGGUGUCCAGCCGUCUCACAAAGCUCAACAGCACUGCUUACAGCACCCACCCCAGUGUGGAUGACAGGAUCCAGUUCUCCCCCCAUGAGAGGGCGGGGCAGUGUUGUGGCUAUGAAGUUUUUGGGGCCAUUCUCAAUCAAGUUGAUCCAGCCCGAUGUACCCUGCAUGGGGAAGAUCUCCACAGUGCCCGUCAGAACCAGCUGAGUGGCUUUACCCUGCUGUGCAGGGACACUGCAGGGGAGCGCAUGGGGCGGGGAGGAGAGGCUGUGCGCGUCACCAUCACCCACAAGGACAAGAGGGACUGUGAAGUCAAGCCAACAGUGUGUGAUAAUGGUGAUGGGACCUACUGUAUUUCCUACAGCCCUGAGGAGCCAGGCUUGUAUGCUGUCUGCGUCUGUGUGAAAGGGCAACAUGUGCAGGGCUCUCCCUUCACUCUGAUGGUGAAGCACAAGUUCCGUGAGCACCAGGGGGUGUUUCACUGCUGCACCUUCUGCUCCAGCGGAGGCCAGAAAGCCGCUCGCUGUGCCUGUGGUGGGACCAUGCCAGGUGGAUACCAAGGCUGUGGCCAUGGACACAAAGGUCACCCUGGCUGCCACCACUGGUCAUGCUGUGGACAAGUGAAGGAGAGCUCAGAGUGUUUGUGUGGGCCACCCAGCGACACCUCACAGAGGAGUUUGCUCAGGACAGUGGCACUCUGAGUGGCCAGGUGAGCUCCUGGGAGUCCAAGGCACUGCUGCUGGCUGCUCCAGGAGCACAAAUGAUCCAUGAGGAUCCAUACGAUCGAUCCCUGCACAGCCUUGCUGCCAGCAAACAGCUGGGUUUGAGUUGAGAGAGGGGGGAUGAGGGAAAAUAAAAACCGUGCCUUAUGUUCCA